AUGCUAAAAUUGAAAGGCUUUGAACAUUCUCACAUUACCACCACCAUGUUCUUGGUCAAGCUUGAGGAUGUUACUCCUCUUUCAGACGCAGUCUUUCUGUUUAAUCAAUUGUCUCUUGAAGCCGACGUGAAAUUCACUCAUAACAUGUUCUCAUUAACCGUCUCGAACGCUUCGAUUCGGUUCAUCAUAAAGCUCGAUAUUUGGGACGAGCUUUUCGCAGAAUAUUCAGUCGAUCCGAAUCAGUGUUGGAGAAUUUCCCUCUCAACUUUCCAAAAAUCUUUGUGGGAUGGCGGAAGUUACUCUUCCAUGACCUUCCUUAUGCAUGAAACUAGAAGCCGCAUGGUGCUUGAGUUUCAUAAUUCAGCUUCUCCCAAUGCCCCAAGUUGGCAUCGAGAAUUGACAUUGUUGCCUUCGGAAGAAGUGGAUAUUGGCGAAGUUGAAAGUGAAAAAAAUUUCAUAAUUGAGGCAGAAGAUUUCAGGCACAUUAUAAGAGAAGUAUCUUCAUUCCCAAAUGAUCCAAUUCGUGUUACUCUAACCCAUUUACAAGUCAAGUUUUCUGUUGCAUCCAAGGAAAUUAUUCUUACUAAACAGGCUCGAAAAAUUCAAAUUGCAGGGUAUGAAGAAGGAGAUACAGAUCAAUUCCGAAUCAGUCUACAUCCGAUGAUGUUUUUCCUUAGAUUGUCAUAUCAAUCGGAAACAGCAUGGUUUUGUAAGACGAUGGAUGGAGCAAUCGUCAUGGCUGCUGCAAGCGGGGACGAUUGA